CACUCGGGGGGGGGGGCUUGGGCCGGAGCGAGUAUCGGCUCUGACUGCGAGGGCGACGGGAUGAAGCUGGAGGUGGCGGUGCCCUCGGUGGGGCUGCGGAUGUCCGAGCGCGACCGGAGUCCAGAGAAAGCGCGCACGGUGUUCAAGGUAGAGGUCUUGUGCAACGGGAGGAAGCAUUGCCUAGAGAAGCGCUACAGCGAGUUCCAUGCCCUCCAUAAAAAGAUCAAGAAGAGAUGCAGAGUCCCAGAUUUCCCACCCAAGCACGUGCCCAACUGGAUGAUGAAGGUUCUGGAGCAGCGGCGGCAGGGCCUGGAAACUUACCUUCAGGGUGUCCUAUUGUACAACCGGGAGCUUCCCAAGGAACUGUUGGACUUCUUGAAACUCUGGCAGUUUGAGCAGGACCACAAGGCCGGCAGUCUCGGGUCCCUCGGUGAGAUUUCCUUGCAGGACACAAGCCCCAGCUACCUACUCUCCCACCGGCCUGUCAUAAGCUUCCAUAGUGAUCCAUAUAUACUCCCGUCGUCAACAGCCGUGCUUCCGGACACGAUCCUGUGCGGUGUGCUGCAGGGCUUCUACGCACCCAAGACAAUCUUCUGCCUGGAGUCAAAGCUCUUAGUGGGUCCCAGCUUGAGACCGCAACGGACUCUGCUACCUGCUGACUUGCCUUCUGCUCCUUUGUGACUGAUCCCAGCGGCACUAGGACCAGACACAGCUCUCUUUCUGAAAAGCAAUCCUUGGACUCCUCCUGUGCCUUGGAAAUAAACAGGUGGGGCGGGGGGCUGAGGGUGCAGCUUAUCUGCUGUGGGGGUCAUAUUUUGGCUGCACCCAGCGCAAGAGAGACAGGUGAAGGUCAGAAAAUGCACUAGAUUGUUUUGCUAUAGGGGGCUCAAUUAUAUGCACCCCAGUUCUGCCUUCAGGUGCCCCAACCUGCCCUUGAGCAUCGCAUAUUACUGUCAGGGCUGGUUGUCACUCAGGGCAGCUGUGGAGGGAAAUUGUGGCUUUCCACAUGUUGCUAGAUUACAGCUCUCAUCGUCCCUUAGCAUUGACAGUGCUGGCUGGGGCUGAUGGGAGUUGAAGUCCAACAGGUCCCCCAUCACUGAUAACACCGGUUAGGGGCUCCAGCUGGUGCCUGUAAUGACAGGUCUGGCUCACGAUAUGCACAUGGCAGCCAGAUUGUAUGUCGGAAAACACUUCCGGGUGACUGUUGUAGCUGCCGAUUUCUGGGUCUUUGAGCUAGUGGGGAACUUUAAAGGCACGGGAGAGUGAGAAGCAGCUGAAGUGGGGGAGAGCUGCUGGCCUUGCUCCAAGUUUGGUGGGCCUGAAGCAGCAGCAGCUGCAAGCAGGUACUGUCUGUGGCUGACUCGAGGCCGACGCUAAUAAUGCGAGAUACGCCCGCAAGGUCUGUAUUGCAGGGGAGUGCCAUGUGGUUGGUGUCGUUUGAGCAUUUUUUCAGCCUGUAAUCUAGUCUUCAUGGAGGCAGCAUUUGCUCCUUCAUCACAGAUGAGAGAUACAGAUUUGCCGACAUUGCAUGGAUAUGGGCCGAAGCAUGGCUGAAACUGUAAUACAAGGGUAUCCAACAUGGUGCCCUCCGGAUGCUGUUAAAUAAGGUGUGGGGAACCUUUGGUCCUCCGGCUGUUGCUCAAUGACAACUCCCAUCAUUCCUGGCCAUGGCCCAUGCUUACUGGGGCUGAUGGGAGUAGUUGUUUAGCAACAGCUGGAGGGCACCAGCUUAGGGAAGGCUGCAUUAAUGUGACACGGGCUUGCAUAGCACCCAGAGAAGUAUGGGACUGUUUUGCCAGCACUGCAGGAGGCCAGGAUCUCCUGUAAACCAUUCCUGUUGGGGUCAUCCUGCUAAAGAAGAUAGCUGCUCUCAGUGGAGCGGAUGGUCUACAUUAACCAGAAUGACUACGCAAUAAAAACACUACCAGAGUUGUUUUGAAACAUCUGUAUUUGGGAGGAAGAAAAGUGUUUCUGGAGUGGUCGAGCGGCUGGUCUGUUCCCACUGCUAAACCAUGGUUUAUUCUUACAUAGCUGAGUGAGGCAGUUGGGUUAAAUGCUCUCAUAAUCAGGGCUGCGGAGUCGGUACGCCAGACCUUCGACUCCGACUCCUCUAUUUUUCUACUGUUCAACGCCGACUUCUUCAUAAAUGGCAAAUGUAUAUUAACUAGUAGUAACAAAUUUACUGUAGUAAAAUGGUAGCACAAGGCAUUUUAUCA